UGGGGUAGAAUAUUUUUAUCUGGAACGGUUGUCGGUUCUUGAGAUGAUACUACCACUGAAUGCCUCCGUUUCAUUGUCUGGCCAGACCUAUACGUGUGGAUAUCCAUAAGGUUCCGGCCAUAGCUUUGCAGGUGCAUCUGUCCUUUUUGUUUGUUUGUUUUUGUUUGGGAGGAAGAGGGAGGGCACAGGAGCUUGUGCCAGCCGGGUUUUACGUUCUCACGAGUGCAUGCUUAGCGAUUAUUGUGCUUAACAGUGUUUCUGAUGUCUUCUCAUAAGAGGAGAAAGCUUCAUAGCCUCAGCCAUGAAGGAAAGCAGUCGCGCAGGGCAUGGAGCUGGACAACUAUGAACAGCCCGUGGUUCUGAGAGAGGACAACCGCCGCCGGCGCCGGAGGAUGAAGCCGCGCAGCACCACGGCCAGCCUGUCCUCCAUGGAGCUCAUCCCCAUCGAGUUCGUGCUGCCCACCAGCCAGCGCAACAGCAAGACCCCCGAGACGGCGCUGCUGCACGUGGCCGGCCACGGCAACGUGGAGCAGAUGAAGGCCCAGGUGUGGCUGCGCGCGCUGGAGACUAGCGUGGCGACCGACUUCUACCGCCGGCUCGGCCCGGACCACUUCCUCCUGCUCUACCAGAAGAAGGGCCAGUGGUAUGAGAUCUACGACAAGUACCAGGUGGUGCAGACCCUGGACUGCCUGCGCUACUGGCAGGUGCUGCACAGGAGCCCGGGCCAGAUCCACGUGGUGCAGCGGCGCGCGCCCUCCGACGAGACGCUGGCCUUCCAGCGGCAGCUCACCGCCCUGAUCGGCUACGACGUCACCGACGUCAGCAACGUGCACGAUAACGAGCUCGAGUUCACGCGCCGCCGCCUGGUCACCCCGCGCAUGGUCGAGGUGGCCGGCCGCGACCCUAAGCUCUACGCCAUGCACCCGUGGGUGACAUCGAAGCCCCUCCCGGAGUAUCUGUUGAAGAAGAUCACCAACAACUGCAUCUUCAUCGUCAUUCACCGCAGCACCACCAGCCAGACCAUCAAGGUCUCGGCCGAUGACACCCCAGGCGCCAUCCUCCAGAGCUUCUUCACCAAGAUGGCCAAGAAGAAGUCUCUGAUGGAUAUCCCCGAAAGCCAGAGCGAACAGGAUUUUGUGCUCCGCGUCUGCGGCCGGGAUGAGUACCUAGUGGGUGAAACGCCCAUCAAAAACUUUCAGUGGGUGAGGCAGUGCCUCAAGAAUGGAGAAGAGAUUCACCUGGUGCUUGACACGCCUCCAGACCCAGCCCUGGACGAGGUGAGGAAAGAAGAGUGGCCACUGGUGGAUGACUGCACGGGAGUCACUGGCUACCAUGAGCAGCUGACCAUCCACGGGAAGGACCACGAGAGUGUGUUCACCGUGUCCCUGUGGGACUGUGACCGGAAGUUCAGGGUCAAAAUCAGAGGCAUUGAUAUCCCCGUCCUGCCCCGGAAUGCUGACCUCACGGUUUUUGUGGAGGCAAACAUCCAGCAUGGGCAGCAAGUCCUUUGCCAAAGGAGAACCAGCCCCAAACCCUUCACAGAGGAGGUGCUCUGGAAUGUGUGGCUCGAGUUCAGUAUCAAAAUAAAAGACUUACCCAGAGGGGCUCUACUCAACCUCCAGAUCUACUGCAGCAAAGCUCCGGUGCUGGCUGGCAAGACCUCUGCAGAGACUCCCAGUUCCGAGUCCAAAGGCAAAACUCAGCUCCUCUAUUACGUGAACCUGCUGCUGAUAGACCACCGAUUCCUCCUGCGCCACGGGGAGUAUGUGCUCCACAUGUGGCAGAUAUCUGGAAAGGGAGAAGACCAAGGGAGCUUCAAUGCUGACAAGCUCACGUCUGCGACAAACCCAGACAAGGAGAACUCAAUGUCCAUCUCCAUUCUCCUGGACAAUUACUGUCACCCAAUAGCCUUGCCUAAGCAUCGCCCCACCCCUGACCCCGAAGGGGACCGGGUUCGAGCAGAAAUGCCCAACCAGCUUCGGAAGCAACUGGAAGCAAUCAUAGCCACUGAUCCACUUAACCCUCUCACAGCAGAGGACAAAGAAUUGCUCUGGCAUUUUAGAUAUGAAAGCCUUAAGCAUCCAAAGGCAUAUCCUAAGCUGUUUAGCUCCGUAAAAUGGGGACAGCAAGAAAUUGUAGCCAAAACGUACCAAUUGUUAGCCAGACGGGAGGUCUGGGAUCAAAGUGCUUUGGAUGUGGGGUUAACAAUGCAACUCCUGGACUGCAACUUUUCAGAUGAAAAUGUAAGAGCCAUUGCAGUGCAGAAACUGGAGAGCUUGGAGGACGAUGAUGUUCUGCAUUACCUCCUACAGCUGGUCCAGGCUGUGAAAUUUGAACCCUAUCAUGACAGCGCCCUCGCCAGAUUUCUGCUGAAGCGUGGCUUACGAAACAAAAGAAUUGGUCACUUCUUGUUUUGGUUCUUGAGAAGCGAGAUAGCACAGUCCAGACACUACCAGCAGAGGUUUGCAGUGAUCCUAGAAGCCUACCUGAGGGGCUGUGGCACAGCCAUGCUGCAUGACUUCACCGACCAAGUGCAAGUGAUCGAGAUGCUACAGAAGGUCACCCUUGAUAUUAAAUCGCUCUCUGCUGAAAAGUAUGAUGUCAGUUCCCAAGUUAUUUCACAACUUAAGCAAAAACUUGAAAACCUGCAGAAUUCGAAUCUCCCAAAAAGCUUUAGAGUCCCAUAUGAUCCUGGACUGAAGGCCGGAGCACUAGUGAUUGAAAAAUGUAAAGUGAUGGCCUCCAAGAAAAAGCCCCUAUGGCUUGAGUUUAAAUGUGCCGACCCUACAGCCCUAUCAAAUGAAACGAUUGGCAUUAUCUUUAAACAUGGUGAUGAUCUGCGCCAAGACAUGCUGAUUUUACAGAUUCUACGAAUCAUGGAAUCCAUUUGGGAGACUGAAUCUCUGGAUCUGUGCCUCCUGCCAUAUGGUUGCAUUUCAACUGGUGACAAAAUAGGAAUGAUCGAGAUCGUGAAAGAGGCCACGACAAUUGCCAAAAUUCAGCAAAGCACCGUGGGCAACACGGGCGCGUUUAAAGAUGAAGUCCUGAAUCACUGGCUCAAAGAGAAAUGCCCUAUUGAAGAAAAGUUUCAGGCAGCAGUGGAGAGAUUUGUUUAUUCCUGUGCUGGCUACUGUGUGGCUACCUUUGUUCUUGGAAUAGGCGACAGGCACAACGACAAUAUUAUGAUCACAGAGACAGGAAAUCUAUUUCAUAUUGACUUUGGACACAUUCUUGGGAAUUACAAAAGUUUUCUGGGCAUCAAUAAAGAGAGAGUGCCAUUUGUGCUAACCCCAGACUUCCUGUUUGUGAUGGGAACUUCUGGAAAGAAGACAAGCCUGCACUUCCAGAAAUUUCAGGACGUCUGCGUUAAGGCUUACCUCGCCCUUCGUCAUCACACAAACCUGCUGAUCAUCCUCUUCUCCAUGAUGCUGAUGACAGGAAUGCCCCAGUUAACAAGCAAAGAAGAUAUUGAAUAUAUUCGGGAUGCCCUAACAGUGGGGAAAAGUGAGGAGGAUGCUAAGAAGUAUUUUCUUGAUCAGAUCGAAGUGUGUAGAGACAAAGGAUGGACCGUGCAGUUUAACUGGUUCCUGCAUCUUGUUCUGGGCAUCAAACAAGGGGAGAAACAUUCAGCCUAGUUCUUUGGGCUAGAAUUAAAAACAAGUUGGUGUUCUAAAGCUUUAAGUCAGCAUGUCCAUCAUUGAACUUGGACUGAUGGACAGGACAUUAUGAAAGCUGGCACUUCAGAAAUGCAGCUCUGUUGCUGGCUGAACCCUUUACUGGAGAAAAAUACUAGCAUGUCGGUUUGUUUAAAUAAUGUUCAGUUUUAGGCUUGUAUGCAGGUUUGUUUUUCCUCGUUUGCUUCAGUGAUGUUGGAGAACAUUCUAAGUUUAAACAAACUAUUUCUUCGUUGUGCCUGCUGGUUUGACUGUCUUAUUAUCGAGUGCCUCUGGAAAUUGGGAAUAAUUGGUGACAUCUCUUUUCAUCUGCGUAUACUCUCAAUUUGGGUCAUUCCUGUGCUCCUCAACCUCUUUAGAGAAAAAAGAUGUCAUCGUUGUAACCUCUGUCUCAUUCCCUAAAGGACACUUCCAAACAUCCCCCUCCAUGUCUGUGGAUGAUAGCGAUUUGCUAAAAGCAAAGGAAGGCGAGUUGGUCUUUUCAGUGUCUUUUGUAAUUAGGUUCUUGUACAGUGUACAGCUGAGAUGCACAAACAUACAAUGGAAAAUCUGAACCUUUGUGCCCUGGCACUUCUCUGCUGGUCUGCUUCAGGGUUACGAAGAGGAAGAACAGAGAGGAGACCAUUCAUCUCAACUCGGCCCAAGAGCAGAUUGCCAAUUCCAGCCACUACAGCCUUCUCCAGCAUGGAAACAGGAAGAAACUAAAGGGACUCAUUUUUCACCUUUACAUCCUCCUCCCUGCCUCCCUUCUUCCUUAACUGUUACCCUCCCACAACUCUUUACCCAAGUUGUGAAGUCCUCAAGAAUGCAUCUACCCUAGAAUUCAAAACUUAGUUGAAAAGCAAUUUCUCCCCUAGGGUUACUGGAAUUUUAUGUACUUAUUUGUAAAAAUGUUUGGUGGAGUUUUUUUUUUUUUUAAGUAUAUUAUUAAAGAGGAAAUUCUAGGACA